UGAAUGAAGUUGUGCAAUGGCGUUGUGACAACACGACAAGUUCUAAUAUUUCUAGUCAGUCAGUCGAGUAAUGAAGAUUUCAAUCUGUCCACCGUUAACGAUUACAAAGAGUGUAGACAUUAAAUCGUUACUGAAAUAGAAGUUUAUAAAGCUAGAGUUCGUGGACGAUAGUGUUACGUGUCGGUAUUUAGGUGGUCACGUAGUCGGACGUAGUAGGUGGUACAUAUUUAUACGUAGCAACAGUGAAGCAACUAAGUUUAACUCUUACUAGUAUUAGUCUUGCUCUUACUACGAGUACGAUCUUAGUAAGGUUCGACGCAAUAGGUAUAUUGUUCCAAUUUCUUGCUGACUCACUCGUCAAUUCGCAGUAAGAUUCUACAAGUACAACUUUUACAUAAGCCGUGGGGAACGCGUGAACAACAAUCACUGCACUUGGUGCUAAGUUGAACAUUAUAUCAGCAAGUUGUAUUAUAUAUUAUCAUGGCUAGUCCACGCACGCGCCGAGUGCUCAAGGAACUGAAAUCAAAAUACGAAAAUGAUAAAUGUUUUGAGUGUCAGGCCUUCAACCCACAAUGGGCCAGCGUCACGUACGGAAUCUGGAUCUGCUUAGAAUGCUCAGGCAAGCAUCGUGGUCUUGGAGUCCAUCUCAGUUUUGUAAGGUCGAUAUCGAUGGAUAAGUGGAAAGACACGGAACUUGAAAAGAUGAAGGUUGGAGGAAAUCGACGCACAAGGGAGUUUUUCGCCGAUCAGCCAGAUAUCAAAAAGGGCAUGAGUAUAUAUCACAAGUACAACAGCAGAGCAGCAGCUCUGUGUAGAGAUAAGGUUUCCACUCUCGCCGAAGGAAGGACGUGGUCUAUUGAAACAUCGUCUGCUAGGAAUUAUGUGUCCAGCCUGUCGUCGUCUGCCAGCGUCAGUAGUAACCCUAGCUCUAUCCACACAUCUAGCACGUACAGUGGACACCGUAACUCCAUGGAGGAGGCAUUCGGGAUGUCGAUGGACCAGGUAAACACUCACAAGGAUGACUUUUUCACCCAAAAAUUGAAUGAAAAUGCAAUGAAACCAGAUAAUCUUCAUCCCAGUCAGGGUGGUAGGUACGCUGGGUUUGGGAACAGCUACACCCCGCCUGUGGAGCAGGAUACAACCAGUGAAUACCUGAACAGCGCUAUGUCAUCUUUGAACACCGGUUGGUCGCUGUUCACGUCCAACGCAGCCAAGAUCGCCCAACAAGCUAAGGAAUCCACGGUGAAAAUUUCCAGUCAAGUUGCAAACAAGACCUACCAACUGGGCAGUACUGUCAAUGAAAAGGUGACAGACACGAGCGUCAGAGCUUUUACGAACAUUCAGGACGCGCUCAUCGAGAAGAAGACGACGCUCGAUUCCGUCGACACGUCACCAAGAGAGCAUUCGUCGCUGCUGACGGGAAACGACAGCUCGGCUGCACUCAAGGAACGCGAGAGACUGAGGAAUAUGAACCCGGAUCUCUCCGAGACGCCCCUGCUCCACGAGAAGCAGCUGUCGCGGGAGGAGGAGGAUGCCAACUGGGGAGGCUGGGAGGAUGAGAACCCGUUCAAGCGGCAGCAGAGCGAGGGCUGGGCGUCCGAUCGCGCGCAGUGCGGCAGCAAGGGCAGCCGGAACAGUUCGUGGGACCACGACGACUGGGGGCAGGACGAGUGGAAAGACCACGGCAAUGACUGGAACAGCGAGUGGACCGAUGACAACGCGCACGGCACCGCCUCAAAGAAACCGCAGAAAGCAGCCUCCUCCGCGUCCGCCGCCCUGCGGAAGAACGAGUACAAGAAGAAGAACAAGCAGGAGAAGGAGAGCGAGAACCUCCUCAUCGACUUCGACAACGUGCCGAUCAGUCCCAAGGAGCCGGCGGCAGCAGCGGGGGGGCGGCGCGACGAGUGGAGGGCGUGGGACGAGGAGGACGAGGCGUGGGACAGUCUUAGCAACGGUCGAGCGAAGGGCAAGUCUGAGUAGGGCUGCGUGAUCGCCGGGGGGGGGACUCUUACGCACUUUGACAAUCGACGCAGAGUCGGAGGAAGCACGGAGCAGCAAUGGCCGCUUGCGCGCGUAUGUGCUGACUCAUCAUCAUCAUGGCUCCCGGGAUCGACGUCCCUAGCGCGGACGCUCCUUCAAACAUUGUGUCGCUGUUACUAACUAUUGGCCUCUGGUGGUUCUACGCACGACGCUUUGGUGCCCUGGCGUAUGUAACUUCCACCACCCAAUCGACGUUACCGAAAGAAUGUUGAAGUCGCUAGUGUUAAACGUCUGUGAAGCAUAUUCCGGUUAGGCUGCGAGGGAGAUCGGAUCGAAGAAGAUACGUGUUAGAUAGAUUUUUGAUAGCCAGGUGGAAGUGCUGGAGACAGACUAGAGUGGAAAUUCUAGUAGCCUUUCCUUCACUGCUUAGAGAGUGGGGACAAUAUCACUGUCAAGAUAUUACAGUUUUUCUUGAGCAUCGGUAGAUGUGGAGACUGAAGGUGGCAUGAGAUUGUUGUCCGUGUCGAGUCGCCAGGCUGCUGAGUCUGGUAAUGCUAUAUACCGCGAGAAAAAAACUCGAAACAGGGUAAAAUGUUUGUAUCGUGAUGCUACACUGCACCGCGCUGUAGGUGACACAAUAUCAAAUUAUCAAACGUUAGUACAUUUAGCCAUCGUUCGGUUUUGAUGUUUCGUUUCUGAUGUUGUUACUGCACAGAUUGGUUUACUCUAAAAGCCAUAAUGGGACGAUUUGAUCAAUUUUGAAAUUGUGUGCACCGACCAACAAAUAACUAGCUGUCUUUGUUCCGCCGCUUCAAAAGCAAACUUCCAAUUUAUCGGCACAGAUAUCUUGUUAUUAGGCCAACAUUUUUUGUUGUGAUCAUUGUGAAUGUCGAUAAAUGCUUAGAAGUAAUGCUGUUAUCGUUUGUAAACUAUUAAAUGGAUAACGUGAUUUAUUGUUAAAAGGCAAAAAACGAGCUGUGUGUGGUAAAAACAAGUAGCCAUCUCUCCAGUAUAGGCAGGGUAAUACAUCAGUUUCCUAUAAUAACAGUUAAUGAACGGUUAGGUUACACUCGGUUUUUUAAAGAUAAAGGUUUCGCAUGAACCCAUACAUAAAGUAUUUUCUAUCAUUUAGUCAAAUCGUACUUGUGUUAUUGAAUAGGUGAAAACAGUUUUACGCUGUGCAUAUUUAAGUAUGUCUUCCAAUAUAAUUUGCAUAGUAUCAUAUUUACGAUCUUUAAUUCAAUUAAAUGAAGGCAACAGACCCAAUAAUUAGGUAAACGUAACAUAUGCUUCUAAGUCCGCCCUUUGCUAAGCGUAUUACCAUGACUGUAUGUAUUAGAAUACAUAUAAUAAUAUACAAAUAUACUCAUGGUGUGACUACAUCCAAAGGGAAGUGAUAGUUCUGCUGUGUGCUGUCGUUACAUGAUUAAAUGACACUUGUAAAUAGAUUUUCAGGGUUCCCAGUUAGCGUUGCUAUAGAGAUAUACAUGGUAUAUCUCUUGAUGUAUAAGGAGAAAGAGAGCAACACGCGUUGAAGAAAUACGCUCAUUCCAUGGACGAGAUAUGGGUGGAUUCGGGGUUGUAUGGCUAGAAAUUAUCUUGCGUCAAGUUCGCGUGUGAAGCGGUGCAUUCCGAGUAGGUAAUAAUAGAAUGUAUCAGAAGAUCUUAUAGCCGUAGCAGUUCAUUGCUCUCGUGUUGCGAAUAUGAGUGAGAUGUUUGAGGUGCUACGUCACGACAUCCUUGCUUGCUGUUGUAACAAACCAAUGAAACAUCAGCAAAUGUCAGGAUUCACAUAGUAAAAGUAAAUCAAUCGGUCGUUCAAAA